AUGCACACCUCCAGCCUGGAUCGACAAACCCGUCAUCGCCUCCAGCGAGAGGCCAAUCCAUCAUCCAUCAGCGAGAGUGUGGACUUAACGAGACCUGGUGGGUUCACAGUGGGCGAAGUCAAGAGGACAACGAGCAUUGAUGUUGGUGCUCCUCGAGUCGUCCAAACUGUUGGCCCAGAGCACUCGGUUGAAAGUGUGAAUGAGAGUUGGGAUAGCUCCAUUUCACUUGGUGGAACAAUUAUCCCGAACUUUACCGUCAUUGCAAGCUCUGAAGCUUCAACAGUCUCAAACAAUUUCGAUUACAUAUCUCGGCCACCACCCGAUUACGCGGUCGGGCUCCCCCGACAAUCCUUCACUGAGGAUCAACUGAAAAAGCUUGCACCAUUUGUCGGUGAAAUUGGUGAUAUGUCUUUCUUUAUGGGUGCUGCAUACAUGUACUUUCCAUUUCUGAAGUGA